CAACAAGUCGGGAAGAAGUAGCCCAUAACUCCCACAACUCCCGAAUUAUGCACGAAUAUUUUUAGGUUUUACUAUGUUUACAGUACGUUCGUAAGUAAAAGGCAAUAGGUGAAUUUGAUAAAGUAAAUAUAGACUUGUCGAAGAAAAAAUAACUUUGUUAAAAAUAAUGUGGCACGGACGUGUUUACAACAACUGACAGCGGCUUUCAGAAAAACUGCUCUCGCGUCACUGAUUUUCGAUAUGGAUUCCGUCAACAGCUCCCUCGACUACGAGCUCACGACCAUCGACCCCGACGUCUCCUACACGCCGUAUCCCCAGCGUCCGGAAACCUACAUCGUUCCGGUGGUCUUUUUCAUCAUUUUCGUCGUCGGGGUGCUGGGCAAUGGAACACUGGUUAUAAUUUUCCUGCGACACAGGGCGAUGAGGAACGUCCCUAAUACAUACAUCUUUUCGCUGGCGCUGGCCGACCUCCUGGUUAUCAUCACUUGCGUACCCUUCACGUCCAUGCUGUAUACGCUGGAGUCGUGGCCCUGGGGCGUGGUGAUGUGCAAAGUUUCCGAAACUUCCAGAGACAUCAGCAUCGGGGUGUCUGUGUUCACGCUGACCGCCCUCUCGGCGGAGCGCUACUGUGCUAUUGUCAAUCCGUUGCGGCGGCUGCAAACAAAGCCGCUGACUGUUAUCAGUGCCGGCAUGAUAUGGUUGCUGGCUACUGUCCUGGCUCUGCCCGACGCCAUCCGGGCCAAAGUCCACGAGGUCCCUUUGUCCUCCACAAACAAGACGAUUUUUGUCUGCUAUCCAUUCCCAAACAUUACCCAUGUCGACACGUAUACGAGGUACAAUGUGGCUCUCAAGGCUCUAAUCUACUACAUCAUCCCUCUGUGCAUCAUUGCCUGUUUUUACGUUUUGAUGGCCAUUCGUCUGCAUGCAAGCGCCAACAACAUGCCGGGGGAGGUUAGAGGGGCGCAGAGUGUGGCGCAGGCGAAUGCCCGAAGACAUGUGGCCAGGAUGGUACUCAUUUUCGUUUUCCUGUUUUGUAUCUGCUUUCUUCCGCACCACGUUUUCAUGCUGUGGUUCUAUUUUCACCCCAAUGCAGACGCCGCAUACAACGACUGGUGGCACGCCACGAAAAUCGUGGGUUUUUGCAUGAGUUUCCUCAACUCGUGCGUCAAUCCUGUGGCUUUGUAUUGCGUCAGUGGGGUAUUCAGGGCCCACUUUAAUCAAUAUUUAUGCUGUCAAGAUCCAAGGUGGCCACGAAAUGCGACUCUAGCAGGAAACUGUGAAACCAGCUUUAAUUCCACUUUUCGCAGGCAUACUCAAGGCACGACGAUCGAAAAUCAGAGCAUCUACCGAAAAAACACCAUCGCCAAAAGAAACAUCCAAGAAUCCAACUUGAUAAAUCUAGACACAUCAAAUAAGAACGAACUGAACGAAAUGGGGGUGAAGAAUUCCUUGAUACUUCGUUCGGAAAUGCAGCUAGACAAGGGCGGUUUUUGCAGCUGAGGAAGGAAAACUACCAAGAACAAAGAAGUGAGCUUUGACGGAAGUGCCGUUUAGGAACUGUCAAGAUUCCGCGGUAUGCAUCGGUGUGGGACCUGUAAACCUGCGGUGAUACUACGAGCUUUUCACAAUGAACCAAGUGUGUGUGUCGACACUCCUCCAAGACUGUGACUUGACAGUGAACAAAAUUAGCUUCUUCUGCUGUUGUGCAAUUCGUAUUUUCGGCGGGCCGAAAGUCUGGUAGUUCGGCUCUGCGCCACUCCAUUAGCACAUCUCUUCAUAGAAUUAAUCACCCACGUGACUGGAAAGUUAGAUUCUUUAACUGACGUUUGAUGGUUCCGUUUCAAUUGUUUCUCGCGACAAAGCAAAGUAGCAAUUUAUAUGCGACGCGACUUUCAUUUUUCUACUGGUCUACUUCAUCACGAUUUUGUCAAACGUCGAGGGGAAAACGCAUAAAGCUUCACGAAUUUAGUGUUAGAUAAGCAACAUUUUUCCCACAUAUCAAUCACACAUCUAACAUAUCUGCAUUCGACAAUUUGUGAAACCUCGAUUAUUCUACUCUGGUAAUUGAGGUUGUUUCAUUGCAAGCAUGUCACCUGUAGCAACUCUUUGGAUUUAAUCAGUAUUAUUGUAAACCGUCCCGACUAUAGCGAUCGAUCACUCUUCACAACAUUCGCAUUUCCUUUUGUGGUACUUUGUGUAAAUAUCUGAAUCAUGGAACUAGGUUAAGUACAUGUAUAUUUUUUGUAAAUUCU